AAUAUAGUGUGGCGUCCGUCUGAACGGAUGUUGUUUAUGACCGACAUUUUCUUUGGGACAUAUUAUAUUUGCUUUUAAAUUGCUUAAAAUAAGUUUAUUUACUUGUAAAAAGAACUUUUUUGAUGUGUUAAGUUAACCCAAAAUAAGUACUUGUAGUUAUGUGCCUAUGGAUGAAUGUUUCGUGAAUGUUAAAAGUUAAUUUUUGCAAAAGUUUUUUUUCGUGUCAAUAUAGCGGGAAAUCUACGUUGUGACGCGCAUAAAUUCUGAUAAUUUGCCUGGUAUAAUAGUGAAGUGUCGUAACAGAUUGUUAUGUGGUUAUUUACGUUCUGACAGUGGAUCUAAGUAGUAUAUUUAGAUUUGACAAUGUCGGAAGAAAUGGCGGUGGGUGAUAACGCAUCAAAUGAGGAGCAUAAAGUCGCCAGCGAAGAUGUGGGCUCGGAGGGAAUGGAUUCUGCUGACGCUACAGAAGUUCCAGCUGUAUUAAAAACUGCUGAGACAGAAAUUAAACCAGAAAUAAAUGAAAAUGCCGAAGACUCGGAAUUGCAAGCAGAAAUGGAGAGUGAAGAAAAUGAAAUUGAGGAAUAUAAAGAAAUUGAAGAAAAAAUGCAAGAAAUAAACCAAGAAACUCAAGACGCAAGUGAUGAAGCUGCUAGAGGUGUGAAGCGUAGACUGUCAACAGCAUUCAGCGACGAUGGAGAGGAGUUUAAAGGCUUUGAUCAGUGUGAACCGAGCAGCCUGGACGACUACAGCAAAACUGUUGAGGAUGGGAGACGAGUUAAACCGAGAACCUCAAGUGAUAGCGAUGGUUUCAAAGGUUUUGACCUUAUAGAGCAUAACAAUCUGACAGGCUACUGUCAGGUUUUAGAACGGCUGGAAGCUGAAGUGCUAGCAGCUGCAAAGACAUAUACUCCUGUCCGACGUGUGAUGGCAUCACUUCAAAGAAGGAUCGAUGCAAGCGGGUGUACCAAGUGGUCAGAACAUCUUGAGGCUGAGGUUUCUGAAGUUGUGAGGAGCUUCUCCACCGACGAUGACUCCAAGCUGAGAAAGCGGACUGAAGGAUCGAGACCCUCGUCAGCUUUGUCAUCAAGAUCUGAUGGUGAUGGCGGUGUGUCAACUGAUGCAUCAUCGUCACCAGCUGGUCGCAUCGGUCGCAGAGCUACAACUGAAAUGUCCUCCCCGUUACUAAGAGUUCCUUUGGAAAGGGGUUGGAAGAGGGAGCUGGUGUACCGAGCAGCUGGAGCCUCCAGCGAUAACCCCAGGAGAAAUGCUGACAUAUACUACUAUACACCCACCGGAAAGAAACUACGCUCUACCAGAGAGGUGUCUGAGCAUCUAACUGGCACGGGGCUGACAUUAGAAAACUUCUCUUUCUUCAAAGAACCGCUCGGGAUUGAUGAUCCUGAUAAAGAAAUUAUACGGGAUGCGAAAGUCCAGCGUCGUGUUGAGUCUCCAGUGCCAGCAGUCACACCGACCUUAGAGUCCAAGAGAACUCCAAAGCCCAAACCUCCGAAGGGAGCCAGCCCCGAGCCGGGGAUGAAGUCACCCCCUGGGAAGUUGAAGGUGUCGCAGGUGAAGUCCAUGGGCUCCAGGUUGAGUAGCAACGGUGCACCAGCUGCGAAACAGGUGAAGAAGACCCCACAACAAGCGGUCACACAUGACAACAACAACAUGGCCGCCUGGAAGAAACCUAGGGGCCCGCCGACGGUGCAGCCGCGGCCGGUGGCUGGGCAGCCGGGGACGACGACACCGCCGGCGCAGCUCGCACAGCACACACAACCCGCGAGCCUCGCACAAGCCGCUCAUCACGUGCAGCCUGUGCAACCAGCCCAGCACAUACAGCCUAUCCACCCCGCCCCCGCACCCGCCCACGCCCCGCAUCAGAUAUCCGUUCCCCGGCCGCAGCUCACACCGGACAGAGAUGUACCGCCUCCCUUACACCAUCAGAACCGUCAGAUCCAACAGCCGUGUUCCAUGACGUGCGGGACGGGUGUGCCGUCGUUGGCCUGCGAGGCCUGCCUCUGUUUGUACCACCCGGCCUGUGUGGGGCUCCGUCUGCCGCAGGACACGUUCCUGUGUAAGAACUGUCGUAAGACUUCAUCUCCGCCGGUGGAGCCCCCGCCCCUCACCCACAAGUCGGGCGUGACGUCACUACCGGCCGGAGCUGGCCCCGGGGCUCCAUGCUCGUCCAGCGCCAGGCGCCUUCCGGUCCCAGUUCCAGUACCAGUACCGAAAUCGAGAAAUGACAAGCGAGUGCUCUUGAGAAUGAAGGUUGCGGGCGGCGGUCCUGAUGGCGAGCGUGUGUGGUCCGUGGCCAAGCCGGGCGCUCCGGCCCCGGCCCCGCCCCCCGCUCCGCCCCACUCCGCGCCCACACCCCCUCCGUCCAAUCCCCCCACCACCACCUGCCGGCCUUCAUUACCACAGUCGCUGGUGGUGCUAAACGGCAGACGGUUCAUAGUAGUAGCUAGAGCUGUGCAUCAGUACCGCUCCAAGGGUUCCCUGCAUGAUCCUCUGUGCAUAGUUUUAACGCGAUUCCAACGGUUAUUAAAUGAUAAUGUUCUGUUGUUAUAUUUUAGUGAUAUUAAAGUACGCCGCGGUGUGUCCAACGGCGCCUCGCCCCCGCCGGCUGCGCCCUCGCCCGCUCUGAGACGAAGAGUCAAAAAAGACGACACCGAUUACUUCACACCCUUCAUAGAAAAGGCUAAGGCGAACAACUAUAAUGUAGCUGUACAGAUCUUCCAGUACUUAGGCAUGCGUGAUGUGGCGCGCGCCGCCCGCACGUGCUCGCUGUGGGCGGAACUAGCCGCUACACCCGCACUAUGGAGGCACGUACGGAUGAAGAACUCGCACGUGAGUGACUGGGCGGGCCUGUGCGCCGCUCUCCGCCGCCACGGGACCCGCUGGCUCGACCUCCGCAAGAUGUUGCUGCCACCAAAUGACACGUUAUUCUGGGAUCAGUUCGCGGAACACAUCGGCACCGUCGACACGCUCGAGAGACUAGAACUAUGUCGCUGUCCCGCCCGCGCGGUGGAGGCGUCCUGUGAGCGUGUCCCGGGUCUGCGCGCGUUGUCCGCGCCCGCCAUACGGGACGCCAGACUCGACCCCACGCCACUCGCCAGACUCACUAGACUGGAGCUGCUCAGACUCAAGAGCCUCACAGGUCUAUCGUUGACGCGAGACCUCCGCCCCCUGGCCGGCCUGUCUAGACUACAACACCUGUCGCUGACGUCCAUCAAGGAGCUGGGCUGGUGCGCCUGUGAGGUGGUCGGACAGCUGGAACAGCUGGAGUCGCUGGAGCUGGGAGAGUGCUCCUUCGGCGGUUCCUUCGCCACGGCUCUCGGAAAACUGGUCAAGUUGCGGAAGUUAAGGCUGGAGCGAGGGGUGGCACAUUGCGCCGCGCCGGCGUUGCUAAGAGCACUGGCAGCCCUGCCCAAACUGACACGGCUGGAGUUAGUUAAUUUCGAUGUUAAGGUCGGCUUCGACGAUGCUCUGGCGGAGUGUAAAAACAUACAGAGACUGCUCAUCAUACCGACGUACGUGUCGCAGUCGGCCACCACCAACAAACAGGUUCUGAGCGGUGUGCUGCGAUUGAAAGAGACCCUGACGCAUCUCAUGUGGGGUGUGACCAUCGAGCUGCUGAGGGUCACGGAGCUGUUCAUAGACCAGUGUGAGGCGGGCGACGGAGACACCAAGCGGCGGGACGUAGGGGAGUGCAUACCCGUCCUCAAGCCGGUCCCCGGGUGUCGUCUGCCCGACGACCACCGCACCGUGGCCGGACCUCCGCAGGUCGUUGAAAUUCUACCCAUCCCGACCCUCCAGCGGUUGCUGGCGGCUCAGCUGCCGCGGACCAAGCUCAAGCUGCUCCGGAUCCCCUUCCACGCCACCUGGAGACAGUCGCUGGCUGAUUUCCAAUAGCACAAACGUACACCCGACCACACAACUAUGUACAUUACGUAUAUACAUGUUGAGACCGACACGAAAACUUGUGUUAUAUAUCUAUAGGGUUUAUAAUUAAAUUGAGAUACUGAUCGGUGGGAGGUUCUUGUACAAAUAUCUGUAGUUUGGAAUCCAAAACAACUGUCUUCGGUCUGUAUAUAUUAUAUAUAAUAGGCCGCGUGUGGCGCGCUGUACGAGGGGUCUCAUGUUUCUGGGCGUCCUUAUAUGACACAAUGGAAUAUAUAUUGAUAAUGUUAGCUAUAUCGAUGAUAAGGUUGUAUAUAUAAUAUAGACGUCAGGCCUUUACCAUAGAGUAUAGACUUUGUUUUAAUACUACCGUCUACGGUGCGGCGUUCGUUUUGCGUGACAUUCAUUGGUUUAUGAACGGGAAUGUAAAAGAUAUAUAUUUUAAUUAUUUUUGUACGAGACGGUCGGAGGGAGGGUUGUUAUAUCAAAACUUACGCCACGCCGUAACAAUAGGCUCGCGGUGACUGAUAUUACAACAUAGGGACUAUAGAUACUACUUUGUUAACUGUUCAUCAUACGAUUGUCACAUAGGUAAUUAAUUAUUUUGUAUCUCAUACUAAAUAUCUCUCAAUAAUAAUUUCUUUAAGUACAUUUCGUAUAUAGCUGUUGUGGACCGGUUCGCGACCGCCGACAGACCGACCGAUGUAUUGUAACAUAGCUAAAAUUAACAUCCUCAGAGAUAUCAUGUUUGUAAUUAUCAUAUAUUUUUCUCACGUAACUGAAUUUAAUUUCUUUAUCUCUAACACUUAGACAUAUGUGAUUUACAACAAAAAAAUAUAAAAAAUAAAAAAAUAGAAUUAGCGCUUCCGGAACAUAUAUUAUAAAUAAACAGGUUUAAUAGGUUUUUAUGGGGAUGAAUAUGGAUACGCGAUCGCCCGCGACGGAAGUGAACGAUCAAUGAAAACAAUAUAGAACGUGACAUUAAGAUUUGGUAUACUAUUAAUAUUAUUAUUAUUUUUUAAAUUAUUUUGAGUACAUUCGUUAUAUCGGUUUGAGAGCAUAGCUUCAGAUGUCAGACGGUCUAUCGUUUGUAAUGUCCUUUUAAAAGAUGCUUGUAUUUUUAUCUUAGUUAUAAUACGAGGCGUCUCGCGAUUAGUAUAAUAUACAUAUUUGAUAGCAAUAUAGGCGACCAAUAAAUAGUUGCCCUCA